UCUCUCUCUCUCUCUCUCUCUCUCUCUAAAAACACUUACUAAAAAAAUUCCACCACCAUUGCCAUUUCCUCUCUCUCCCAACACUUGCACACUUGAAGAAGAAAAAACAAUGGAGGGGAUGAAGGAGGAAGAGAAGGAGGAGAGUGAUAGUAAUGUCAAGUGUUUGCUUAAAGUGUUGGUGGUGGAUGAUUCUCCUAUAGAUAGAAGCAUAGUUGAGAGAUUACUCAAGAAGAGUGGAGAAUUGUUUGAAGUUAUCACCGUUGAGAGUGGAAAGAAAGCAAUGGAAGUUCUGGGGUUAGAAAAAGAAGGAAAAGCCGAAUCCCCUGCUUCUAAUGAUCAGAACAUCGACAUAAUCCUUACUGACUAUUGUAUGCCAGAGAUGACUGGUUAUGAUCUCCUGAAGGCUGUUAAGGAGCACAACUACCCCAAAUCUAUACCUGUAGUUGUUAUGUCAUCUGAAGAUGAACCACAGAGAAUUACCAGAUGUAGAGCCAUUGGAGCUGAGGAUUUUAUUGUAAAGCCCCUUAAAUCAAAAGAUGUUCAGAGAUUGAGGAACUAUGCAAAGCCCACAAUUUUAACAGCAAAAGCAGGAUUAAAGAGGAAAAUUUCCCUGGACUUGGUGGCUGAGGGUAAUGGCUCCGAGAGGAGACCACGCCUCGCUGGCGUUGCUGUGGCCUGAAAUAUGCAUCAUACCCAUCUCUCAACGACUUGUUUAGUUCUUUACUUUUAACACAUGUUUUUUGAGUUCAUGCCUUAGUUUUGGUCUUUGAAUCUUUGAAGCUAUUACUUUUCUAGGGGUUUUAAUGUAUUUUUAUUUGUCUCGUGUGUGUUUAUGUUGUUUUGUUGUAUUUUGAGGAUGGGGUGUUUGCUGGUAUGUUGUGUAUGAUGAUCUUAAGUAUUGGUGAUGUUUUUCCUAACUAGGUUUGUUGGCUU